AUGGCUUCGCCGCACGACGACGAUGUCUUCGAACGGCUCAAGAACCGGACGGAUGCGCGCGAGCAGAGGCGCCAGCAGGACGAGCUCAGUGCGCGGAUGCAGGCCCAGCAGCAGCGGGCACGCGAGCGCCUGGGCGAAUUGGUCGACGACAACACGUCGCUGCCCGUGACCAUCUCGUCGGUCCGCGUGCUCCAUGCCGCCCGCACUCGCAGAAGUUUCCUCGAGCGGGUCGUCGAGCCUCUGCUGAGCGCAAACCGCGACGAGCCCUACACGCUGGCAGACGCGCUCAAGCAGGUGGGCGAGGCCACGGACAAGCUCAAUCGCUUCGGCAUCUUCAAGUCGCCCAUCUCCGUCUACCUCGACCGCCCCAGCCAGGCCAUUGCCGCCUCGUCGCCCACCGACGUCGACGUCUACAUCUCGGCCGUUGAGCGCGGAACCUACACCAUCAAGACGGGCACCGAGGCCGGCGCCUCGGAAGCAGACGCCUAUGUCCACGCCGAACUCCGCAACCUGUUUGGCGGCGCAGAGACGCUCAAUGCACAUGGCUCGCUCGGCACACGCACACGCUCGGCCUACUCGCUCGCCUUUGACACGCCUGUCCUCGCCAAUCCCGAUGUCAAGUUCCAGGUCAACGGCUUCGCCAGCUCGACGCUCAAGACGUGGGCAAGCCAUGAAGAGGUGCUCAAGGGCGGAAACUCGAAGCUGCUCUGGAGACUGAAGAACGGUGCCACCCACGAAUUCGCCUACUCGGCCAUCUGGCGGCAGAUUACAGGCCUCGCCGAGAACGCCUCGCCCUCGGUCCGCGCCGACGCCGGCGAUUCCUUCAAGUCGAGCAUCACGCAUACUUGGACCCAGGACAAGCGCGAUUACCCUCUCCUGCCCAACAGCGGUUACAUGAUGAAGAGUGUGUCUGAGCUCGCCGGCUGGGGCCCCCUGAAGGGCGACACUGCCUUUUGGAAGUCCGAGGUUGAGUCACAAGUCGCCCUUCCCUUUGGCAACACUGGCAUCACGCUUACCGCUGGUCUACGGGGCGGUCUGCUGUACCCCAUGAAGUUGGGCGGUGAAAGCCAAUUCCAGGCUUCUCGCAUCAAUGACCGCUUCCAGCUGGGUGGUCCCAACAACGUCCGCGGUUUCCGCAUUUCUGGACUCGGUCCCCGUGAUGGCUCUGAUGCGCUAGGUGGUGAUAUCUACGCAGCCGGCGGCGCGUCGCUGCUCCUUCCCAUCCCCCGUGUUGGCAAGGACACGCCCCUCCGCCUGCAGGCUUUCAUCAACGGCGGUCGCCUUCUUGCGCUCAAGAACCCCAACUCCAAAAAGGAGGACGGAUCAUUUGGCAGUGCAAGCGACGUGUAUGGUGCCAUUCAAAAAUCCCUCUCAACACUCACUGCCGAGCUGCCUAGCGCCGCGGCUGGUCUUGGACUUGUAUACGCGCAUCCCGUUGCAAGAUUCGAAAUCAACUUCUCCCUUCCAUUAGUCAUGAGGGCUAAGGAGGAGAGCAGGAAAGGCUUGAGCUUCGGAGUGGGUGUUGAGUUCUUGUAGACGAGCUUAUGAUGGAGGCAUAGAAAUGUACUAGUAGGCUUUGACUCGAAAUAUCCAGCGAGCACAACACUUUGACUUUAUCCUCCGUUCAUCUGUACCAACAUUACUCGCUAUGGCAAUCUUCUUGGAAACAACAACUAACUCACGUCUCAGAAACUUCAACAUGCACGCUUUGGAACGAUCACAAAAAAGCGGUUAUCACGUCGUACUAGAACAGUGAUACCCUAUAAGUCAAUUGAUGGAUAUUUACAAAUUUCGC